AUGGGCCUCGCAGCUAUCUUGGAAGUUGUCGGCAUUUUCUGUCUGGCCUCCCGCCUAGUCGAUUGGCCGAACCCAAUUUGUGCUUUUGGUGGUGAAGACACAUUGUCUAUCGAGACAGAUGACCCCGCCCAAGCACUCAAAGAACGCCUGAAGACAAUGCCCGACAGCUUAAGCAUCGAAAUUCCUGACGGACCCAUUGGCCAGGCCGAAGCCGAACGUAUCAUGUCCACAGCAAUUUCUGCCAUGAAAGCCCAGGCAACUGUUGGACCGGACGCCAUGUCCCAGGAUGAACUCGCGGAAUUUUUGGCUACUUGA